GGCAGAUCCAGCAGGACUUGUCUCGCAGUAGCGUUUAGCUGCUGCUGCUCAAAACACACACACACACACACUCAACUUAAACAGACUUAUGGGGGACAUCUGAGCCCCCGGAUGCUGCCGCGCGCGGGUUCAGGCAGGACCGCAGCGGAGGAUUAGUUUCUGUUACUGUUUUUAACAGAAAACAUUGUUUUUUCUGCUGCUCUUCCUCCUCGGCUCGCGCUGCCUCUCAGGAUUGGACUCUGCUCUGCUCACGCGCUGCAGGAUCGUGGGAAAACUCGACGGGGUCUGUCUGCGCGUGGGAGGCAGUUUUAACUGGACUGACAGAGCUGUUGAGGUGGGUGCAUUUGCUCGUGCAACUGCUGGGAAAUUUGUACUUAGCUGGACGCUCUCGUGCGCGCGGGGUUGCUUCAUGUAAACCCCUCGUUCACCAAGACCAAGAGGAACACCAACACCAGCUUUUAUUGGCAUUGCAAUCUUUUGAGUUCAUGUUAGUGCAUUGCAGUCGUGCAUUGCAUUGCAACUAAGCUGUGUUUGGACGUUUGUUUUCCUUGUUGCUUGUUUUCUUGCCUGUGCGCGUGGGACUACUUUUUAACACACCACCAUAAGACCAGCUUUAAUAAGUUGUAUUUGGGCCUUUAAAGAUAUAGCGUUAGCUACCGUACUCUUAACGUUACUCAAGCAAGGCCAACAGCAGAAACACCAAGCCUACUAGAAUUGCAUUGCAUUGCACUGUAACCAAGUUGGGUUUUUUAAUGUAUUUAUUUUUUUCAUUAAUUAUUUGAAGCAUUGCAUUGCAGCAACUGAGCUUGAGUGUUUUAGACGCUUUUUGCUUCUUUUUUUUACACGUGGGAUUAUUUUAUUUUUUUUGUUUUGCACCAGAGUUUUUUUUUUAUAGUUGCAUUGUAUUGCAACUGAGUUGUAUUUGGACGUUUUUUAUGUAUAUGUGUGCGUAUGUGAGCUACACCAGCCAACACCAACGCUUUAAUAGUUUUUCAUUUUAGUGUAUUGCAUUUGGCAUUGCAUUGCAGCUGAUCUGUAUUUGGGCCUGGGAUUGGUCCAUGCACCUCUAACAUCAUCAUCAUCAUUACCAUCACGACCAGAACCACGUACCAGCACCUUACUCGCUAGCAUCAAUCACAACGACGAAAAGCGAGUUUCGUUUUUAUAUUUUUUUAAUUAAUUGCAUUGCAUUGCAACUAAGUUGCACGCAGAUUUUACGCAAAUCGUGCACACAGAAAAUGCAAUGAUUUGCAGCCUUGCCUCUUAACAAGACAUUUGAUUGCAUUGGACAUUGCAUUAUUUCUAUUAGUGUGGGUGUGUUUGCUGUUGCUCUCUCGUGCACCCGUGCAACAUACAUUGGGACACCACCGACAGACAUGGCCAGCAAAAACGACAUGGUGGUGUACGACAGCCGCGGCAUAGUGGAGAACUAUCUGCACCACAAGCUGGCCAAGAGCGGUCACGCGUGGGAGCUCCACGAGCAGGAUGAUGAUGAUGGAGAAGAGGAGGAAGAAGAAGAAGAAGAAGAGGAGGAUGAAGAAGAAGAGGGGAAAAGGGUGCAUCCAGCUCCACCGGCCGUGCACGGAGCUCUGCGCGAGGCUGGAGACGAGCUGGAGCGGCUGUACCGCUCGGAUCUGACCGACAUGACCGGGCGGCUCGAGCUGGAGCCCGCGGGCGCGCGCCGGAGCUUCGCGGCGGUGGCGGACGAGCUGUUCCGGGACGGGGUGAACUGGGGGCGGAUCGUGGCGUUCCUGGAGUUCGGCGCGGCCGUGUGCGUGGAGCGGAAGCGGACCGCCGCCGAGGGCAUCACCGCGGACGUGGCUCGCUGGAUGACCGAGUACCUGAACGGACCGGUGCUGAGGGGGUGGAUACGGGAGAACGGAGGAUGGGAUGCCUUCGUGGAUCUGUACGGCCGGCAGAAGGACUCAGUAUUCGGCAGCUCUUGGCCGUCUAUAGUGACGGUGUUCAGCCUGGCGGCACUGGGGGCCGUGGGCUUCACUAUAGGAGCGUACCUCGCUCAGAAAUGAACAUCUUCCCCAUCUUUUUCUCUCUCUCUCUCUCUCUCUCUCUGCCUCUCUUUCUCUCUCUCUCUCUCUCUCUCUGUCUUUUUCUCUCUUUCUCCUGGCCCCUCUGAGAUGUUCCUCUCUUCAAAGACCUUCUCUUCCCUUCUCUUCUCCUCCUCCUCUCUCUCUCUCUCUCUCUCUCUCUCUCUCUCUCUCUCUCUCUCUAUCUAUCCCUCUCUCCCUCGCCCAGGAUUUUCAAAGCUAAGCCACAAACAGCAGGAAAUGAAGACGCCGCCCCCACACCACGGAAAAAGGGAGGACAGGGUGAAGAAAAGAGGAAAAGGACAGAAGAGACAGGGUGAAGGAGUGUGGCUGGUUGGGUGAACAGGGUGUACAUCUUUAACUCGCCUCAGGUGAUUCUGAAGCUCUGCUGGAUCUGGAUCAGCUUUCCCACAGUUAAUAACCCUGAGAUACAGCAUUUAAUACAGAUCUGACCACAAUUCCCACCACAGUUACUGAGAAUGUUUACAGCCGGACACACUCAAUAACACACACACACACACAUCAGUGUUACCUGUCCUGUUACAUUAGCAAGGUGAGCUUGAUCGUUCAGGGCCGGUAUUACUGAACACCAUCAGCUUCAGCACUUAUCUCUGUCAAACUAUAGAGACUAGACUCAGUGAAGAUUCAUCCCACAGUUAUUACUGUCUACACAGGCUAUACAAGAUCGCUGGUUCGAAUCCCAGUCAUGCAGUUUCCCAUUAGCUGCCGGAGCCCCGAGAGAGCACAAUUGGCCUUGCUCUCUCUCUGAGUGGGUACAGUAGUAGAUGUCGCUCUUCUUUCCCCUCAUCACUCCUAGGGUGAUGUGGAUCAGCACAAGGCUGCAUCUGUGAGCUGAUGUAUCGGAACCGAGUCGCUGUUUCUAUGCGCUUUCCUCCGAGCGUUAGCCCUGUUAUGCUACUCGACAAUGUUACAGCAUCAGCAGCAGUUCAAAAAGAGGCGGAGUCUGACUUCAAAUAAGUCGGAGGAGGCGUGUGCUUGUGCUCACCCUCCUGGUGUUGAUGCAUCACUAGUGAUAGGGGGAUAUACAGCUCAGUAGAUUAGCCUAUUAAUAAAAAAUUUAAAUAAAAUACUGUCAGAUCGUAAACACUAGUCUGCACAGUGCAGAUUCAUACUGGAUUAAAAUAACAGAUUCUGGCAGUAAUCUCUUAAAUCACAGAAGCUCCCCAGAUGAGAUGAUUUCAGCUCCAGCAGGGCUUCAGAGAAUCGGAGGAGGAGGAGGGUGUUAUUAUUAUUAUUAUUCUGUGUCUCUGUGACUCUGGGUUGGGAAGCUGAUGGAAGUUUGGAAAGGUUUCUGAAUCUCUCCUCUAAAAGAAGUGUUUGUGGACUCUGCACGGAGGUGGAGAAGAUAAAGGCCGGAUUGCACCGAGACGAGGAAAAGGCAAACAUGGCUGAGACUGACAGCUUCAGCCCGGAGCUGUCAGCGGAGACGGAGAGCUGACUGAAAGAUUCUUCACACCUCUCGACUUCUCGUGCAAUUUCACCGAGACUGACGGAGGAGGAUGAACUCCAAAAAGCCAGAGCGCUCCAGAUGCGGCUGAGGUGCAUCAGACAAGAAACGAGGCGGAUUACUGAUGCGUUUUGAACAGUGUGAGGCGUGUUGCUGCAACACUGACUGUGGUAAUUGCGAGCAGGGGCUGAUCACCAGAUUAUUGAUCAGUCGGUUGUCGCAUUUUGAGCGGAAUUUUAAUUCCAGAAAGGACGGAAAGCAGACUUUAAACCAGGUUUUUUUUAGCUGCUCUUGACAAAUUCCAGACAUAGACGACGUAGACGAUGCAGACGAUGCAGAUGAGCAGAUGUGAUGGAUCAUCGGACGCAUCAUCCUCCCUCGUGACUGUGGAGUCUGUGGAGAGAGAGGUUAUUAUGUCUAAUCCUCAUCACUCAUCACUCGUGCAGCGUGUCUGCAGGAGCGUCUGCUGGAGAACGAAACAAACAAAAAAAAAAGCCUCUGGUUAAAGUCUAGGAAAAGAAGAGAUAAAAAAGAGACAGAAAGCCAAAGAAAGAAAGAGAGAGAGAGAGAGAGAGAGAAAGUUGUUAUAAAGAGAAUCUGAUGGUUUAGUAAGAUGUGAAGAUAUGAGAGCGUGUUUGAGAGAACGUCAGUGUAAAAGCUUCUGACUAAAGAAAUGCAAGACGGAGGGCUUUAAUGUUAAUGAAAGGAAAAAAGAAAAUGGAAUUCCUGAGAGGUGACGUGAGUGUGAGAAUUUUAAAGUGUGUGUUAGAAUGAGACAAAAUAAAAAAGCUUUAGACACUUUUAAAAAGAACAAGAACACUCCACAGGUGUGAAUAGGAAAAAAAUAUACAAUAAACUACAAAUUUAAAGGGGAAUUUUAGAAUACAGAAUGGAAGCAGGGGUCAGUUUUCAUAUAUAGCCAAUAUUAUAUUUACUGUCCAAACCCUUUUUGAGAGUUCAGAAAUCAAUAUUUGGUGGAAUAACCCUGGUUGGGUUUUAAUCACAGUUUUUUUCAUGCAUCUUGGCAUCAUGUUGUUUUCCUCCACCAGUCUUACACACUGCUUUUGGAUAACUUUAUGCUGCUUUACUCCUGGUGCAAAAAGUCAAGCAGUUUAUAUAUCUUCCUCUUGAUUAUAUUUCGGAGGUUUUCAAUUUGGUAAAAUCAAAGAAAAUCAUCAUUUUUAAGUGCUCUCUUAAUUUGUUUAAAGCUGUAUAUACCUGUUUAAAUAUAUAUAUAUAUAUAUAUAAAGAAAUACAAAAAUAAACACCAAAGUCCCACAAUCUGGCAGGGCACAGCAGUGCUCUUACACAUAGGGGGGAAAGAAACACCAAAAUAGGCCAAAUCUAACAGUUUAUAUAUUUAAAUCUAGUUAAUCUAGAAUCACCAUAAUAUUCUGAUGAUGUCUGAUGCUUUACAUACCAAUUUAUAAACCAAAAAAAUGCUUUUUAUUGUUUUGGGGUCACUAAAAUUACUCAAAUGUAUUUAAAAACAUUUUAGCUAAAUAACUCAGUAAUGAAGAAAAUGAUGUUCAUAAAUUUUAUAGUAAUAAAUGAAGCCACAACACUUUUCCACCACAUUUUCUUCCCAGUAUCAGAGGGAAAUGACUAAUGACUAAUAGCCUGUACUGCUGGUGCUCAGAUUUGAUCCUCUAUUACAGAACCAGUACUGUAGGUUUGCAUUGAGUUUUUGAGUUUUUUUUUGUUUUGUUUUUUUGGGAGGGAAAAACACAAUUGUCUGUACUGCUCGUUUGUUUGUUUGUUUUUUAGCGAAUGUACAGAAUCUUGUCAUUUCCAUCCACUGUUUACAGCCACUCUCUAAUUUUUAAUACAGUCACACUAAUGUUCACUAUUCAGAUUCAGAAAUGCCAUAGCUAUUUGAUUAAUUCUUUUUUAAAAUUUCUAUUAUUCUAUUAUUUUUACUAUUAUUAUUAUUAUUAUUAUUUAUUUUAGGUACCUUUAAAAAAAACACAAAAACACAAUAUCAAAUCUAAUCGUUUUUAAAUUGAUUAAAUUUAAGUUUGUAGUUCUAUUCGUCGUUUAUUUUUCUACAUUUUCUACAUAAGAUCCUAAUUUGCUGCCUGAACGCUGCUCAUGAUACUUAGUUCUAUAAUGAAAAUCAUUAAAAAAUGAAUAUUAAAUAGCUAGGUGGAUAUUUAUUGAACAUACACACGUAUAUAUUGUACUAUUAUUGUACACACUUUAACGUAUUAAUGUAGCGAGAUUUUCAUUUUUCACUUUUUUUGUCACAGUUGAGAGCUCGUUAAGAUCCAUGUGGGCACUUAUUGUUGAUGUGUGUAAAUAUGUGGUUCUGCAUCAUUUUAAAUUCUGAUUUCUGCAUCUCUCACAAAUCUGAAGAAAGAAAAAAUCACACGAGAGAAUCGUCAUGUUGUUCCAUGAAGCACAAAAGCGUCCUCUGUUCUGAAUGAAUGAUAAUUGUGAAUCUCCAGGUUCACGCUGCUCCUGGCCACGCCCACGUUCACCAGCGUGUUCAGUGCUCCACAUCCACACCCGUGACAGUGCUGUUGUACAUAGUCCGCAUGUGACACUCCUGAAAUAAGCUAUCACAAUAUCUUCUCUUACAGUGACCUAAAUAAAGAACUCAAACCCUA